GGCAAAGCAUCAAUAAUUGGCCCACAUAAAGCAUCAUGAUAACAAUUCCUGAACAUUGUUAUCUUUUGAGUCUUUCUCAAUUCUCAUGUUGCUCUUCUUCCUCACUCAUAAAUUAAUGGUUUUCACCAAACACAGCAAUCUGGUUUUGAAACCGUGAAGAAUGUAAAGAUAAAACAAAGUGGUUUCAUCUUAGUUCUGUCUGUUCGAAAACUGAUUCAGAAACUAAUUAAGUCUUUCUAUUACACCUCUUCUCAGAAACAUGGACACCGUACAUGCGAACCCUGCAUCGUCAUCACCACAAACACAUGUUGUUCAGAUUGCUUCAGCUGAUCAACUUCCACACCCUUCUCGUCACAUUCUUCAAGAUAGAAGUGAAUACUUGCAGAAAUGUGUACCCCUUUAUAAGCUAGCACUGAGAGGUGAUUGGAAUGAAGCCAAGCGCAUGAUAGAUGAAGACACUAGUCUCUUAAACGCAGCCAUAACAAGGGAAUGGGGUACACUACUUCACGUUGUGGCAGGAACAAACCAUGUUCACUUUGUGAAUCAAUUGGUUAAGUUACUUAACCCAGGUGAUCUGGAACUGCGAAAUUUCAAUGGAAACACAGCGUUUUGCUACGCUGCUGCAUCUGGAAACAUGGAAAUUGCUGCUACGAUGAUCAAGAAAAAUGAAGGCUUACCCAAAAUCAGGGGCGGAGCAGAAGCCACUCCUCUUUACAUGGCUGUCUUGCAGGGAAAAGGUGAAAUGGCAAGGCAUCUUUACCCUCUCAGUACCAACAUUUUAGAAGAAGAUGACUUCACCAUGCUGUUCUUCCUCUGCAUAAAAACUGAGUUGUAUGAUAUAGCUUUGCAAAUUGUACAAGAACACCCAAUGCUGGCAUUGGCAAGGGAUGAGAACAACGACACAGGCUUGCAUCUCUUGGCUCGAAAGACUUGUUGUGGUUUUAGUGUUCGUGGUGAAUGGUAUCUUCCAAACCAGAUCUUGAACUCUGGCAUGAAGGCAACUCCAUUCGUCGAACUUGUUGAGCGUCUUUGGAGAAUUCUUUUCGACCAAGAUUACGAUGAAACAGAGUUGAGGGCUUUCAUAAGUCAUCCAUCACAAAUAACAUUUGAUGCUGCACAAGUUGGAAAUUUUGAAUUCUUAGAUACACUUAUGAGGUCAUACCCUGAUUUAUUAUGGGAAGUGGAUCAAAGAAACCGAACCAUAAUUCACAUUGCUGUUCUCCACCGCCAUUCAAAAAUCUAUAGUUUAAUACACGGACUAGGCUCCAUCAAAGAUUUCAUAGCAACUUUUGAGGACGAUGAAAGAAACAACAUAUUGCAUUAUGCUGCUAUGUUGUCACCUCCAGACAAACUCAGCUUAAUUUCUGGAGCAGCUCUUCAAAUGACACAUGAAUUACUAUGGUUCCAGGAGGUGAAGAAAAUAAUGCUGCUGUUAAAUAUAGAGAAGAAAAACGGUGAAGGCAAAACUCCUCGUGAAAUAUUUGCUGAGAAGCACAAAGAACUAUUAUCAAAGGCAGAAUCAUGGACAAAGAGCACAGCCAUUAACUGCAUGCUUGUAUCUGCACUCAUAACCACAGGAGUUUUCACUGCUACAUUUAUGGUACCUGGUGGCAACAACAAAAAAACAGCAAAUCCUAACUAUUUGCAGGAACAAGCAUUCCUCGUAUUUUCAUUAUCAGUUGCAUGUGCACUGAUAUCAGCAUCAGCUUCCAUACUAAUGUUCUUGUCCAUCCUCAUUUCAAGUUAUGCAGAGGAUGAAUGUUUCAAGUCCCUCCCUUACAAGUUACUCUUUGGUAUGGCCACACAAAUCAUCUCCAUCACAACCAUGAUGAUAUCGUUCGGUGCUGCUUUUUACAUAACAUUUUCUCAUGGUUUAACGCGGGUUCCGUUUUCUAUUUUCGUGCUUUCGUUUCUGCCAUUACCCUUGUUCAAACCACUGUGGUCAGAUAUUAUUUAUUCUUCUUAUCUUUGUAUGUCUCUAUUUUGACCUAGAAAAUAAAUCCCUGGCUGGAAAAGCUGAUGCCAUUAUUUAAGUUGUUGAUACGUGCAUAGCUUAUA